AUGGUCAGAGGCCACACCAUAGGGAUCUCUCACUGCUUUCCGGCCGUCACGAUCCGAUUGUACAACUUCACUGGCAAAGGUGACACUGACCCAACAAUUGAUCCAAACUAUGCAGCUGCGUUGAAGAAAAUAUGUAAACCGGGCAAUUUGACUACGAUCGUUGAGACGGAUCCUGGAAGCUCCAAAAAGUUUGACACUGAUUAUUACACUAGGGUGCGUAAAAGAAGAGGACUGUUUCAAUCUGAUGGAGCUCUUCUGUCUGAGACUACAACAAAAGCUUAUGUUCUGAGUCAGAUUUCAAGUGGAUCCACUUUUUUGAAUGACUUUGGACCUGCCAUGGUGAAGAUGGGUCAGAUUGGGGUGCUCACAGACAAGUCUGGUGAAAUCAGGAAACGAUGUGCAUUCAUCAACUAA